GCUUUGAUUCUCAAUGGGUUAUUGUGGAGGUUUAAAGAGCUUGCAAGGGCAAUUAGCCUAAUAUUAAUGAUAUGGUUUCAGACAUUUUACAAUGAAAAACUUGGUGAGAUAUGACUAGUAGUUUAACCAUACAUAAAUGUUUUAGUUGGGCCAAUACGAAAUAGUUUGUUAAUGGAGCUGGCAGAGCCAUUCUUAAUCUCACCAUUUACACGUAACUGAUAGGGAGAUGAGAAAAGCAACCCACAUGAGGAGAAUUUUUUACUCACGUAAGUUAUUUUUUAAUACAAGCAUCGCGUCAAUUUGCGACCGUUAGAAUAACGUGCCUGUAACGAAACACUGGUCGACGCGUGAAGUCCAAAAUUCAGAAUACCGAGUAACUUGGUUACGCAAAGUCCAGUGUUGUUCGCUUGUAUCAGUUGGAACUGUUGCUGGCUGCAUCUAAAUAUGGACGUUGAUUCUUUGUCAAGUACUUCAGGAUAUGGAAGAAGAUUUGGCAUUGUAUUUCACAGGAGAAAUGAACGACUCUUUUCCAAGUAAUGCAGAGGAAAUGAACAAGUCUUCCGUGGGUAAUGCAGACAGAAUGAAUGAGUCUCUACCAGGUAGCACAGAUGGAAAAAAUUACUUUUCAGUAGGUUUGUCCGAAGUAAUGAAGGGAGAAUCUUCUUGUGACCCAGGGCCAACUCAGCAGCCUGUUGCAGGAAAUAAAACUUCUAGAAAAAGGAAAUUAAACAUAGAGCGUGCAAAAAACAGGUCCAGGUCCCCCCUUAAAAUGAAACAUAAACGAAAGAAAAAACGGAAAAUAGCUAAGAAAGCUGUACCUGAAUAUUUUGUCCAGAACACAGACCGCGAUAUGUUACUGGUAAUUUCCAACUUGCAGGAUAGUGAAUCUGAAAGGACCUCCAAACUGUUUGCCAAAAGGAAGAAAUCAGCCAGAAAAAGAAAAGGAAAAACUUCAAUUCAGAAGUCAAGAACUGUGAUAAAAACCAACAGAAAAGCUAAAAAGGUGAAAGAUACACAACCCAGAGACGAUGCUUUAGGACCCUUGGAAGGGCAGGUCGCCACUGUACCUCAGGGCUCACCAGUUCACCAGUCAGAGAUCGGCCCAAACUGCUGGGGAACAGAUAUUCCUGUUGAAAUUUUAGUACGAAUCUUCCACUUUGUAACUGUGUCAGAAGGAGCUGUACCAUUUCUUUGCAGGGUAUCUUGUGUUUGCCAGUUAUGGUGUGGUGCUGCUGCCAACCCCAGAUUAUGGAACAGAGUCACAAUUGGACACUGUUGGAUUCAACCUGGCCAGAAGAAACAACAGCCUUCCACAGAAAGGAGAAUUCGUAACACCAUUGAAUGGCUGACUCUGAACAGGUUUUCCCAGCUUAGAGAGUUUUCUCUGUGUCACUGGCAGAAUCAGGUGGAGUAUGCCAUUAAGACUGUCAGCGAGUCUUGUCCUCACCUAACAUAUGUCAAAUUGUACCACUGUGGCGGAGUAACUGCCGAUGCUUUGCAAAGUUUGGCCAUCCACUGCCCCAAAUUGGAAAGUCUUAAUCUGCAGUCAUCUCAGGUUGAUGCUGCUAUCAUUGUUUUUCUGCAGGCAGCAGGAUUCCGUCUGAGGCAGCUGUGGUUGACAUACAACAACAAACUGAAUGCUGUCUUCAGCAUGCUUUCUAGUGGGUGUUGCCCAGAACUUCAGUUGUUGGAAGUGAACACUGAUAUCAGAAAAACUAAGCACGAGUUUCAGAUCUCAGUUGAAGCGUUGCAAGUUGGCUGUCCAAAACUUCAGGUGCUCCGUUUACUGAACUUGAUUUGGAUCCCAAAAUCUAGUACCAAAAUAGAAUCUGCUGGUUUCCCUGAACUAGAGGAACUGUGUUUGGCCACAUCAUCUUUCUCUUUUGUCAGUAACAGCACAUUGUUUAAAAUUCUUCAUUCAUCUUACAAGCUCCGUGUUUUGGACCUUCGUGGUUGCUACAAAGUGAGUCCACAAGGAUUGCUGGAUCUGCCUUGCAUGGAUAUAGAAUGUUUAUACCUUGGACUGUACUGCAGUAGUAACAACCUGCUGCUAGCUAAGGAAGGUUCUACAGAUAUUGCUCGUCGUUGGCAUCAUUGUUUGCGAGAGGUGGAUUUCACCGGACUUGGCUUCACUGAGAAGGAUCUGAAGGAGGCCAUUAAUAUUCUUGUUGGGAGCAGUGGAAACAAAGUGUUGCGGUCUCUGAAUUUUACAUCAAGCCAAGUCUGCUUGGAGGAUGUCAGCAAACUCAUCGCUGGUUGCCCUAACCUACAGCAUCUAGAUGUUACAUCUUGUCGUAACCUACCUCGAGGUUUGAAGCGGGACUACCGGGGACGACAUGAAAUUCAGCAGCUUUGGGACAAACUACAAACCUAAAGAUUAUACCGGGAACAUUCCUUCACUUUGCCACAUACAUCAGAGAAAGCAGUUUGCUUAAACAGCAGGAAAAGUUAUAGCAAAUUGUAGAAUCCAUGUUGUUUCAUUUUUUUGUUGACAUUUUUACAUCUUGUUCUUAACCUAGAGGCAGAAACGUUGACAAGGUGCUUCUCUGGGGGCUGCUUAGGCUGCGAGAGGAACCAGCACUUUAAAAAAAAAAAAAAAAAAACAGCAGCAGCUGAGUGGCUUGGCUUUGUCUAUGUUAGAGGAAUGUUGCCUGAUUUAGUUGAAGCAGGGCAGAACUGGAAGUGAAAAAAGAAAGGAGCUCAUAUGUGAGGUGGUACAGAUUUUUUAAGUACUGUAAAUGCCAAUGCUGCCUACCAGCCCCCAGUGGUAUAUCUUUUUGUGCUUUCUUGGCUAAUAUCUUUCUAAUAAACAGUUUGACCUCUUUUUAUAGGAGCAGUUUACCACUGCACACUGACUUUUAAAACCAUUGUACAGGUUCAUGUUUUUACAGUUUUUUUUUUAAUACGGUAUCGUAUACAUGUUUUACAGUCUUAUGGGUACAGUUCCUUUGGUAUAAGCUACAGGAAAGUUUUUACUUUUGUUUUGAACUGGCUUUGUGAAAGGAUACAAAAAAGAAAUGGCCUAUUGCCUGAUAACCUUUAUGAAAACUCAGGUAUGUUUGUAUGUUUCUAAGUUUUUCCUUUUGUUUAUAUAAAUGGUUGUGCACAUUAUAUCCUUGUAUAAUGUAGUAACAACCAGCUACAUUUUUCAUUUCUGUUCAUGCAUCAUACUUGACCUUGUAUCAUACACUGACAAACUCGGAUUCAGAAAGUACCUUAUCUGACUGAGCAGGUCUAAGUUGUAAGAUGUGAAUGCUUAGGUCAGUCCCACUUCAGUUUUGCAAGUGUAACAAUUUAGCAUUAAAAUUAUUGCAAUA